AAUAUUUAUAAAGGGCUUUUGUAAGUAGUCACGUUGCGUUGCGGCAUCAGAACAGCAGCGCGUGUCGGCCAGUGAGCAUCUUUACAGCGUUUAUACAUCAGUUAGGUUGUUUUGAGCAGCAGGCAUCAUGACGCACCAGUACCCAGCACUCUCCCCCGAGCAGAAGAAGGAGCUGCAGGACAUCGCCCAGCGCAUCGUCGCACCCGGCAAAGGCAUCCUCGCUGCGGAUGAGUCCACAGGCAGCAUGGCCAAGCGCCUGAACCCUAUCAGCGUUGAGAACACGGAAGAGAACCGCCGUCUGUACCGCCAGCUCCUCUUCACGGCUGAUGAGCGCAUAAACAACUGCAUCGGCGGCGUCAUCUUCUUCCAUGAGACGCUUUACCAGAAGGCAGAUGAUGGCACUCCUUUCACCAAGAUUAUCAAGGACAAGGGCAUUGUCGUGGGCAUUAAGGUUGACAAGGGUGUCGUUCCUCUGGCAGGGACCAAUGGUGAAACCACAACACAGGGGUUGGACGGCCUGUCGGAACGCUGUGCUCAGUAUAAGAAGGACGGAGCUGACUUCGCCAAGUGGCGUUGUGUGCUGCGGAUCAGCGAGACCACUCCUUCAGAGUUGGCGAUCAAGGAGAACGCCAAUGUCCUGGCUCGCUAUGCAAGCAUCUGCCAGCAGAACGGCAUCGUGCCUAUCGUAGAGCCCGAGAUCCUGCCUGAUGGAGAUCAUGACCUCAAGCGUUGCCAGUACGUCACGGAGAAGGUCCUCGCUGCCUGCUACAAGGCUCUGUCUGACCAUCAUGUCUACCUGGAGGGCACACUGCUCAAACCCAACAUGGUGACCGCCGGACACUCUUGCCCCACCAAGUUCUCCUCUGAGGAGAUUGCCAUGGCAACAGUCACCGCCCUGCGCCGCACCGUUCCUCCAGCAGUCACAGGCGUAACCUUCCUGUCUGGAGGACAGAGUGAGGAGGAGGCAUCAGUCAACCUGAACGCCAUCAACACCUGCCCCCUGACCAAGCCGUGGGCACUGACCUUCUCCUACGGCCGCGCUCUGCAGGCUUCAGCCCUCGGCGCCUGGCGCGGGGUCAAGGAGAACACGAAAGCCGCCACGGAGGAGUUCAUCAAGCGCGCUGAGGCUAAUGGCCUGGCUGCUCAGGGAAAGUACGUGUCCAGUGGAACUGCCGGAGCUGCAGCACAGUCUCUGUUCGUGGCCAACCACGCCUACUAAACCCCACCUCCAUCUCCAUGCUUUCUCCAGCUUCUGCCGACCAGUAGUAUCUUCCACAGCAGCUCUUUUCUCUGUGCCACCAGUCAAUCGCAGGCCUGCGCUGCGCUGUUGUGUGUCCUCUGUGCAAGAGUUGUCAAAAUGUCGUCUGUUAUUCUGUCUUGCUAAAAUUUCUUCAACGCGGUAGGAGGGAAGGUUGAGAAGCAGAACGAGGAGAUCUUAAAAGGUCAUUUUGUGACAGUGGUUCUGAAAUAUUAAUUAAAUAGUGUUGCCUGCAUGGCUGAAUUAUUAACACCCGAUUCAAAUUGUGUUUCAUUUUCAAAAACGUUUCUUUUUUUUGGUUAGUAUUCAAUUCCAAGAUGCAGUUCUAGGUUCUGUAGUGCUCAUGUUUUGUUAUUCCUGUAACUCCUGGUCGAUGUGCUGUGGGUGUGAGUGCAGAACUGUGGAGAGCAAACAUUGUUAUCCAUUCCAGACGUCGUGUACUGUAUGUCCGAGACGUUGCAGGAAGGUAGGAGUAGAGUAGACGCUGAGCAGGGCAUUCUCUCUCUCUGUGUGUGUGUGUGUGUGUGUGUGUGUGUGUGAGCGAGAGAGAGAGAGAGAGAGAGGGAAUGAGAAGGAGACGAGACUGUGUACUUCGGUGUCCAUCACAACAGUUUUAACGACCAAUUGACUCCCACCAACAGAGGAACGUUAUUUAAUCUGUAGUACAAAGUGUUAUGGAUUGCUCAUCUACUGUUUUUGAUAAUCCUAGGAUACUAACUGUAUUAGUUUGCUGUUUGUGUCGUAUGCUUGAAUCUAUUACGCUCUCCCUCUCCAUCUGUAGCACAGUGAUGCAGAGACAAAGUUUAUUGGUUUAAUGCGCCGGUAAGGACCUAACUAUUGAGCAUUUCCAGGAGAGCGGUCACUGCUGAUUUGGAUAAACUGUGAUGUUGUGGUGUUAUUCCCUAAACACUUGGUGUUUUAAUCAGGAAAAAAUAUAUACAAAAUAAAGCAAUCAAAAUCUUA